UUUUUGCGCAUGGUAGAAGCUUGUUCCAGUUUCCUUAAAGAAGCUUUACAUCCAGAAAACUGUGUUGGGAUUCUCAGGCUGGCUGAUGCUCAUUCCCUUGAUAAACUGAAGGAGCAAGUUGAGAAUUAUAUUGUCCAGAAUUUUACACAAGUGCUGAAUUAUGAUGAAGUUUGUGAGUUGCCUGCAGACAUUUUGUGUUGCGUGCUAAAGAGUGAUGACCUCUGUGUCACUGAAGAAGCUCAAGUAUUUCAGAUAGUUAUGAAGUGGGUGCGUUACAAAAUAGCGGACAGGCUCCCACUCCUACCGUAUGUCCUCGAGACUGUCCGUUUGCCUCUUCUGGACCCUUGGUAUUUUGUAGACGCUGUUGAAACAGAUCCACUUAUCAGGCAGUGUCCUGAUGUCUUUCCUCUGCUUCAGGAAGCCAGAAUGUACCAUCUGUCAGGAAAUGAGAUAAUUUCAGGAAGAACAAAGCCCAGAAUGCAUGAAUUCCAGUCUGAGGUCUUUAUGAUCAUAGGUGGAUGCACAAAGGAUGAAAAAUUUGUAUCAGAAGUAACUUGCCUUGAUCCUUUGAGACGCAGUCGUUUGGAAGUGGCAAAACUGCCAAACACAGAACAAGAAUUAGAAAAUGAAAAUAAAAAAUGGGUGGAGUUUGCUUGUGUGACAUUAGGAAAUGAAGUCUACAUAUCAGGAGGAAAAGAAACACAGCAUGAAGUCUGGAAGUAUAAUUCAUCCAUCAACAAAUGGAUCCAAAUUGAAUAUUUGAACGUUGGAAGGUGGAGGCACAAAAUGGCUGUUUUGGCUGGCAAAGUGUAUGUGCUUGGAGGUUUCGAUGGUGUACAAAGACUUAACAGUGUGGAGAUUUAUGAUUCCUUUCACAACUGUUGGUCUGAGGCAGUUCCUCUCAUGAUCAGUGUGAGCUCAUUUGGAGCAGCUAGUUACAAAAAGAAACUCUAUGUGAUUGGAGGAGGACCCAAUGGGAAGUUGGCUACUGACAAAAUACAGUGCUAUGAUCCAACAACAAACAACUGGUGCUUAAAAACACCUAUGCCUGUUGAAGCAAAGUGUGUCAAUGCUACAACUUUUCAUGACCACAUCUAUGUUGUGGGUGGGGCAAUGAGAGCAGUCUACUCUUACAGCCCACUCAAAGACACAUGGUGCCUUGUGACUCAAUUAAAUCACGAACGUGCUAGUUGUGGGAUUGCUCCUUGCAACAACAAACUGUUCAUAACUGGAGGACGAGAUGAGAAGAAUGAUGUCAUCGCCACAGUGCUGUGUUGGGAUGCAGAGACCCAGAAAUUGACAGAAGAAUGCAUCCUCCCUCGUGGGGUCUCACAUCAUGGGAGUGUCACUGUGCGGAAAUCCUAUACAUACAUCCGUAAGAUAGUGCCCGGAGCAAUCUCAGUGUAACUUUGAAGGAAGAUUCAAGAUAAAUGAAGAAUAAGUGCUCAUGAAAUACCUCAUUUUCUCAAAGGUUUUAAAGAGAUUAUUGGGAUGGAACAAUUAUGCUGGCGUGGUAUAUUUUCUCAAUUUCCUCCUAUAUGUGUUAAAUUGUCAACAUAUCUGGACUAGGCAUGGGAAAGACAGAUGCAUCAUAGUACGAAUACAUUUGCACUUCCCAAAAUGAUAUGUGAACCACAAUAAUAUUAUCCUUUAGUUAUCACAUUUCUCUGAUUUUGCAGUGCACUUCUCUGGUUUAAAAAGAAUGUACUGUAUAGAAUAAUGUGUGCAAAGGGAAAAAUUGCAUCUAAAAAGAGAGAUGCUGGGCAGAAUAAGUAGCCUUAUGCCCAUAGGCACCAAUGCACUCAUAGAUGAAAAUGAAGGAAAAAGGGGGAAGCUGACAUGCUGCAAAUCACUCCAGUUAAGUCCACCAGGCAUUCUUAGAAAAUAAAAUGGGGAAUAGCUGGAGCCCAGACUUUUAUUUGGAAGUGCCGCCUGUGAACAAACAAAGUCAAGGGUAAAUAGGGGUUUGUUGGGAACAAUGUUUGCUUUCUGAUAAAACUGCUUUGUAACUGCAUAUAUAACAUAGCAACUAUUUUGUGAAUGCACAAGCUGGCCUCCCCCAGCACUAUCACCAUGACAAUUAAUUUGUGAGAUUACUUCCCAAAAGUCCAGUAGGUCACAGUAGACCAAAAACAUAACAAUUCAAAAACAAAAAAUACAAGCUUGGGAAAUAGCUCAAUGUAACAUUCAUGGAAAACAUAUAUAAAAGCCCACAUAUUAUAUUUAUUCAAAAGGAAGAUAACCCUUUUGAAUAAAUGUAAUUGAAGAGCCCCCCCAUCCUCUGCCCAACACGGUAUAGAUAGCAACAAAUAAAGAAAUGCAGGUAAAAGUCUUGUGCAGUGCCCAGGUUCUCCAUCUUGUUACCUAGGGUUGCAAACUCCAGCUUAAAUCAAUCCUAGAAUUCUCCUCCACUUUGAAGUAUGCGAAUCCAUAAAAAUAUAAUAAAACAUCCUUAGUACA